AUGUCAGAAUCAAAGUACAGUUACACCACAGUUCCAGGUUAUUUCCUGCAGGAUGACCCGUCCACUGACCCAGCCACCUUCGACUAUGCCAAAGCAGACUUCGGCCUGAUCGCCAAGUCCUACGACACAGAAAAAGAAUCAGAAAACACCCCAAGUAGCCAAUGGCAAUCCUUCGCCGAACACAUCAAAACCCUCAACGCCAACCCCCACCAAAAAUACAAAGUCCUCUUCCUAGGACGACACGGCGAAGGCGUCCACAACGUCGCCGAGACUCGCUAUGGCACGAAAGCAUGGGAUGAACACUGGUCCCUCCUAGACGGAGACGAGCACGGAAGCUGGGUCGACGCCCGCCUUACCGAGAAGGGAAUCGACCAAGCAAAGACCGCCCACGCUGCUUGGACCGAGCAGAUCAAGAAAGGCGUUCCAGCGCCGCAGACUUACUAUGUUAGUCCCUUGAACAGGUGUCUGGCUACGGCCCAGGUCACCUUUGCCGGUUUGCCUAUUCCUGGCACGGAGCCGUUCAAGCCUAUCGUCAAGGAGGUUGGUCAUCUACUCCCCUGUUACUCUGUUAUUCUCCGAGCAUUCCACAGUACAAAUCCAUGUCUAUGGAUGGUAUACUGUAUAUGUUAUGCUAUGCUAUGCUAUGCUAUAACGUUACAACAAUAUCUGACUCUAACCCAGCUCCUCCGCGAAACAAUGGGCCAACACACCUGUGACAAGCGGUCUCCUGCAACAUCUAUCAAAUCCGAAUACCCAGAAUACAGCCUAGAAACAGGUUUCACGGAAACGGAUGAACUCUGGGACGCGAAGACCCGCGAAUCAGACGAAGACCGUGACGCUCGACUGCGUCGGUUCCUGGACGAUGUCUUCGACUCCGAUGACAAUAUCUUCGUUUCUAUGACUGCCCACUCUGGUGCUAUCAGUAGUAUCUUGCAGGUUGUUGGGCAUCGCCGGUUCCCGCUUGCAACUGGGGGUGUUAUUCCUGUUGUUGUUGCUGCCGAGAAAGAGACGGUGCAGUCUACGCCUACGCCUGCGGCUGCGUCUGCGCCUGGCUCUGCGCGCGAUCCUGAGAUGAUGAGGACUUCUAUGGCUACGCUUAUGGCUUUGCUUGAACGGGCUGAUGGGGAUGGGCGGUUGUCUAAGUUGAUGAGUGCGGUUUCGGGGGGACGGGCGACGAAGGAGGAGAUGGAGGAGUUUACGGCUAUUGUUAAUAAGCAGGCUUUUCCAAAUGAAGGGAAAUGA